CUCGCCUCAACGAGUGCGAGGAACUCUUUCAACUUCCGUGACGAAAGGAAACUACCGAAUCGCUGCCGUUCUUGAUUGACUGUAAAUCGCGUGCAUCUGCCUUACCAAUUGCGCUUGUCGUCAAGAUGAAAUACCUUUUGUUCUUGCCCGUCAAGAUUCUGCUCAUUGCCAUCGACCUUUUGUUGACGAUUGUUACCUUUGGAUGGUUAGGAAUCAUUCGAAAGAUUACCUCUGCCGACCAACUGCGGACCGUCCCCGUGGCCGACGAUGAAUCGCACCGUGUCGACCCCCGCUUUAGGGCGCAGCUCAUUACUACACCGCGUCCGGGUAUGGAAACUUUGUACGAUAUCACCAAGGUCGCCUUUGAGCGAUUCGGAUCCCGCCACUGCAUGGGCACCCGCCACUUUCUCGGUUGGCGGACGCCCAAAAUCAAGGAAUUCGGUCCCGACACCACGUGGAAGACCUACGCUCAAGUCGGUCAACAGGCCAAUCAGUUCGGUGCCGCCCUCCGAUCGGCGGGAGUGCAGCCGGCGCCCUACUCGACGACUCUGGAGCAAGUCACGACGCCCUGUCGGAUCGCUAUUUUCGAAAACACCUGUGCCGAAUGGAUGAUCGCCGCCAUGGGCGCCUUUACGCAAAGCGUCACCGUGACCACCGUCUACGCGACGCUCGGGAUGGACGCCGUUGCCGAAGCUGUCGUCGACAAUAUCAUACCCGUUAUCGUUUGCAACCGUAAGGAUGUAUCCAGGUUGGCCCAGAAGUGUUCCAGUAUGCCCUCGCUCAAGUACAUUGUCUACACGGACGAUUUGGUAGCGCCCAACGAAACAAUUGAAAUGCCCAAGGCUCCCAAGGGUGUGACAAUUGUGUCCUUUGACGAAUUCUGUGCGUCGGGUGAUACCAAGGCCUACCCACCGACACCGCCCAAGGCCGAUUCCUGUGCCGUACUCAUGUACACCAGUGGAUCCACCGGCAAACCCAAGGGAGUCAUCGUCACACACCGUCAAAUCGUCGGUGCCUGUGCCGCGGGCGACGUAGCCCUGCAAGUUGUCCCGGGUGGCGAAACCUAUCUAGCCUAUUUGCCGCUGGCGCAUAUUUUGGAACUCAUGGCCGAGUUUCUUAUGAUCACCAUGGGAUGCACCUUGUGCUAUGCCGAUCCCAAAUCGCUCAGUGCAACCGGUGCCUAUCCGAUUGGUGCCUUGGAACAGUUCUCGCCCACCAUUAUGGUAGCGGUGCCCAAAAUUUGGGACACUAUCAAAAAGGGCAUUGAAGCCAAGGUACAUCAAGCCUCACCCGUGGCGCAAAUGUUGGUGGAAACGGGAUUUGCCUGGCGAUCCUUUGCCCUGAAACACGGAUUCGAUACCCCGCUGUUCAAGGCGCUCGUCUUUAAGAAGUUUGCCAAGGUGGUAGGCGGGCAAUUGCGUCUCGCCGUCUCGGGAGGAGGACCGUUGAAUACCGAGGUGCAAGACUUUAUUCGAGCAGCCUUUGGUGUGACUUUUAUUCAAGGAUAUGGAUUGACGGAAACCUGCGCCGGCUUGACGAUUCAGGACUUUACCGAUACACGUGGAAAUAUUGCGGGUGUCCCCAUUGCUUCGGUUGAAGUCAAGCUUGAGUCGACUCCUGAUGUAGGUGACAAGGCCGGACAGUCCUAUCUUUCUACCGAUCGCCGGGAUGUGGAGGGAAACCCCAUUUUCGGUCGUGGUGAAAUUGUUGUUCGAGGCAGCAACAUCACCUGUGGAUACUACAUGAUGGCCGAAAAGUCCAAAGACGAAUUCAAGGAAGAUGGCUGGUUCCAUACGGGUGAUAUUGGUCAAUUCAUGGCGGACGGUAGCAUUCGCAUUGUGGAUCGCAAAAAGAACUUGGUCAAACUCAAGGGUGGCGAGUAUAUUGCUCUCGAGAAGAUGGAGAUGACUUACGGCAACUCGAAGUUCGUAGAUGCCGUGCAGGGUGGUAUCUGCUGCUAUGGCGACGGGGACAUGGACCGACCGAUCGCAAUCAUGCAGCUCAGCCAGCCCUACACCACCAAGUGGGCCCAAGAAAAGGGACUCAAGGGUGACUGGGAGGAGCUCAAAACGUCCAAGGAAGUUUAUAAUGCCGUCCUCGAUGACAUGAAGAAAGAACACGCCAAGAGUGAUUUAAGUCAUUUGGAAAAGCUGGUUGCGGUGGCGCUUUUGGACUCACCGUGGACGCCUGAGAACGGGUGUCUGACGGCCGCCAACAAGUUGCAACGUCGGGCCGUUAUUCAACAAUUUGAGAAGGAGUUCGAAGAUGUAAAAAAGAAAGGCAUCUUCUAAAGAUGUCGCUCUUCUUUUUACCGUGCUACUAGCAUAAUUAUGUAUGAGAGAAUUUCUUGCGUAUUUUUGUACACUUCUUCUUUGUAAAGUAUUCGUUCCUUGUCGCGUAGCAGCACUAGAGCUAACGUUGGAUCUGGUGUAGCCUUUGCUGUAGUUCCAGCGACGAUGCCGUGCACCCUCCUUUGGUACAAUUUGGGCUUUUGUCGGUAGCGUUUGGCAGAGAGUUCACUUUUUAUUUACUGUAAAUAUUGAGCGCUCGUGCGGCCAGCUGCUUUGGAAGACCGACCACACAUUAGCAGACAAUCUAUGCCUAUUGCCCGUGCUUUGCACUCAUAGUCGGUCGGUCAUUCGGCCAAGUGUUGACUAUUUUACGCGCUUCUUGGUCAUCUUUUUCAUCUUACCCGCACCAGCACGCCCCUUCUUUUUCCGAAAAGACGAUGCACCAAGACCGUCAUCAAAUUCAUAGUCAUAGGCGGUCUCCCCCUUUGCGAGUUGACCUUUCCGCCUAGCCUUUUCUUUGGCUACACCUCCACCAUCGACAACAGACUUGAGAAGCUUCAUAUUGCGAUCUGUCUCACUAGCAAUGACUUUCUUGUCCGUUGCGCUUUCGUACUUUCGCUUCUUCAAUCCAGCCACAGCUUUUUUCCGGUCGGGUUCUCCCUCACGCAUCUUAUCAAAUCUACCCAAUGAGGCAGUUGAUCGCUGCGUCGCGAGAAGUGCAGCAUUGAGAGAAGCCUUGCCACGCAGCUUACCGCCAGUUGACUUGUCGGCCAAAUCCACAGGAACACCAGUAGGGGGUACAGUGUCGCGAUCACUGUUACCUCCCGCUUUUCCGGCUUGCCUAUUCUUUUCACGACUUUUAAGAACACGGUUUGUCGUCCCCUUUGUUAGUUCACCGCCGCGCUCUUUGUUUCGCAUACGAUUCUCCAUGUUCCGCUCGGUCCGAUUGCGUUUCUCCUCACGCAAUCGGUCCCACGGGUUUUCGAAUGGAUCUUGG